GGUAGCGCGGUCGACGCUCGCUCGCUGGCGGCACGCCGUACGUCCCUUGCGUGCUGGCGUCAGGCUCCGCGGCGCAGCGUCGCCUCUCCUGCUGCCCCGCCGAAUGAAAGGGAGCGGGCGAGCGGCGGUGGCGGUCCCGGUCGGCUUCUGAGCGGCGCUUCCCGCGAGUCCCCCGCUUCCGCCGGCCCCGUCGGCCUGAGCCGCCCGCUUUAAGGCAGAAUAGAAGUGGUUUCCUUCAAGCCAUUUUAAAACAACCAUGUCGGGUACCGUUGGACAGAAGAAGGGCCCGCGGAGGCAGCGCAAGUGUGGCUUCUGCCGGUCCAACAAAGAAGAUGAAUGUGGACAGCUGAUGCUCUCUGAAAACCAGAAGGUGGCAGCCCAUCAUAAAUGUAUGCUUUUCUCGUCUGCUCUGGUGUCUUCACACACCGAUAAUGAGAGUCUUGGAGGUUUUUCCAUUGAAGAUGUACAGAAAGAAAUAAAAAGAGGCACAAAACUGAAGUGCUCCCUAUGCCAUUGUCCAGGGGCCACCAUUGGCUGUGAUGUGAAAACCUGCCACAAGACGUAUCACUAUUAUUGUGCAUUGCAUGAUCAAGCACAAAUCCGAGAGAAACCUUCACAAGGCAUAUAUAUGAUAUUAUGUCGAAAACACAAGAAAGUACCACACAAUUCUGAAGCAGAUUUAGAAGAAGGUCUAAAUGAACAUGAGCUGGAUCCGUCUCCUCCCAAAAAGAGGGGGCGCAAAGGAAGGCCCAGAAAGACGAGCCUUAAAGGGCAGUCGGAAGAUGCUCGGUCAACCUCUUCGCACGGCACAGAUGACGUAGAAAGCAGUUCUUAUAGAGACAGAUCACCCCACAGAAGCAGCCCCAAUGAUACAAAACCUAAAUGUGGAUUCUGUCAUGCAGGUGAAGAAGAAAAUGAAGCUAGAGGGAAGCUUCAUAUAUUCAAUGCCAAAAAGGCAGCAGCACAUUACAAGUGCAUGCUGUUCUCUUCUGGUACUGUACAACUGACAACAACUUCCCGGGCAGAGUUUGGUGAUUUUGAUAUUAAAACUGUACUUCAAGAAAUCAAACGCGGAAAGAGAAUGAAGUGUACCCUCUGUAGUCAGUCUGGCGCUACGAUUGGAUGUGAGAUUAAAGCUUGUAUCAAGACUUACCAUUACCAUUGUGGAGUGCAGGACAAAGCAAAAUACAUUGAAAACAUGUCACGGGGCAUUUAUAAGCUUUAUUGUAAAAACCAUAGUGGAAAUGAUGAACGAGAUGAAGAGGAUGAGGAGCGAGAAAGUAAAAGCCGGGCAAAGUCGGUAGCUGAUCACAGUGCAAUUCCUCAGCAGCAGCAGCAGCUCAACGGAAAUUAGGUAUGAAGUUGUCACCUGCCAGUCCUCCUCCUGAGAUACCACUGUACAAUUGAUGUAGUUGUUGUUAGUGGUAAGACAUUUUAAGCCGAGCAAAUGCCAAUAAGUGGUUUUUUGUUUUGUUUUGUUUUUUAUUUUUUAAAAACUGGAGCCCCAUGGCACAAAAACUGGGGAGAUUUCUCAAAUUCAUCUAACUCUAAAGAAGACUCCACUCAUCGGUCAAUAAAUAUUGCUGUUAUGUUCGAUCGGUAACAUGCUUUUAUUCUCGACUAUUUUAAAAUUUUACCUUUUCCUCAACGUCUAUUAAAUAGGUUUCAAGUGACUGAGUUAAACUGGGAAUGAAUAAGACAUCCAUAACUACUAACCUUUUUUAAUGCUUAGUACCUUUUUUUUUCUACUGCCUGUUAGAAAUGUCCUUGAACUGCCAGAAAUGUUCAUGUCUAUGAUGAGCCUUCAGCAGUUGUUGUUUCACAUGUCAAUAUUAUGUAGGUAAUCUGCAGUGCCUGGAGAAACACACAGAGAAACACGAUAUCAGUGAGAUGUAAAUUAUGCAAUGUCAACACUGUGGCAUAUGUUGUAAUAGUAAAUUCUGUUCCUGGACCUGGAAUUAAAUUUCUCAGAUUUGGAAAACGUUCAGUGGCUUUGUGAACACAGCGAUCAUCAGAAGUUUUUACUUACAAAUUGGAUGUGCCUGUUUCGAUAGCACGGCUGUAGAAUGUGUGCAUUUUACAUUUUCCUUCCCAUGCAAAUUAUGGAAGCAAACCAGGAGGCAAUGAACUGAUCCCUUUUGCAAAAUGGCCAACGUACAAAAAACCAUUCUCAGCUCCAGACACCUGCUUUGAGUCUUUGGAAUGGCUCUUUUGGGAGGAUUCUACUGCCCAGAGACUGCUCCGGCCAUUGCUGACUGUAAGCUGUGAGAUUUGAGAGUUAUACCAAAAGGCUGUGGUUCAUUCUUUCCUUCCUUCUCCUUUUAUUUGAACCCUGUGGCUGGAAUAACUGAAAACAAGGUGUUGUCUUCUGGGAGUGUUCAGUGCUGGCCCGUUUCUCUUAGAUUUCCAAGUUACUGCUUAAUGCUCACUUUGGAAUUUAAUCCCCUCUAUUGGACAUCAUACCUCAAGUGCUCUGUGCUGUGUAGAACACAAGUUUUGUCCAAAUAUAUAUAUAUAUUUAUAUAUAUAUAUAUAUACACAGAUCCUGUAUGCUGUAAGAAGAAUGAAAAUAAGACAUUGAGUCUUGUCUUUCUGUUUUUGUUUUUGAGGUAAGAGGUCAGUAUUUAUUUUGUGUCGUGACCACUAUAUGAGAAUGUUUUGAUACUUCAUCAAAGUUUCCUGGCAAAUCAAUGAGUGCUAUUAACCUGCAAGGAUGGCUGAAAUUAUGUUAAGUCUUAACAUCCCAGUUUUGACGUCACAGAAUCCUGGUAUUUCUUGUAAUUGCUUCAAGUGUUUGGUUGAACCUAUUCUAAAAACAAAGUUAAACUUGUUAGCAAACUGCCAAUUUCACUCUUCAGAUAUUUUUCUUAUCUCUCAAAUGUCAGAUUAAGGCAGCAGAUUGGAACAGGCUGAUAAUUGGAUGAAAAGCUGAGAACAUUCACUAGCAGUUUACACUGCAAAAAAAACCUUUCUGUGAUACCUUUGUUUAUGAAGUCUUGUUUAUUUUUUUAUUUUUAACCUUUUGUCUGCUUUUUUU